GUUCUCGCGUCGUCGUCGUCGGCAAAAUGUCAAAAAUGGCAUUGUUUAUAACUUUCUGCGCGUAGUUAGCACACUGUGCGAUCCAGUUAACAAAGUUUACAAAAUUUCCAUAGAUUUUUAGUGUAAAUUUAGUUAAAUUCUAUAAAAAGCCAGAUAAUUCGGUGCACUAUGUCCUCCUACCAUCUCAGCACCAAGGAGCGGCUGUUGGCCAUAGUGGACGAUAUUGAAAUCAUUUCCAAGGAACUAAUCGAGAACACCAUCGCUCCGAAACAUCAGAAAAUGUCCAGCGCCGAUCACGGCCAGCUGGUGGAACUGCUGGUAUCCAAAGACAAAGAACUGAAGGCCACCCUGCAGCUGGCGGCGGAACAAGCCGGCAUCGAGAAGAAGAUGGACGGAUUGCGGGAACAGGUCAAGGAACAAGAUGAGGAAAUCAACCAGCUGCAGAAACAGCUGAAGGAAGCCGAGCACAUUCUGGCCACGUCCAUAUUCCAGGGGCGCCAGAAGCUGAGCAGUAUUAACAAAGCCGUCAAGCGACCAGUCUCUUCAGAGGAGCUGAUAAAGUUCGCUCAUCGGAUCAGUGCUUCGAAUGCAAUCUGCGCCCCGUUAACGUGGCAACAGGGUGACCUGCGGAGGCCUUACCCGACGGACAUCGAGAUGCGGUUGGGAUUCCUGGGCAAAUCGGACCUCAACAUCAACGGGCACAACGCCCCGAAUCAGAACAACCUGAACGAGAUGCAACGGAAUGCGGCCGGGGCGGGAGCGGGAAGCGGAGUGGCCGACAUUCCGGCCUCUGCACAGAACCAGUUCGCGUGGCAUCCGUCCGGCGAGUUGCACAUGACGAUGGGAGCAGGGGCGGGAUCGGUUUCACUGGAUACCCGGUCGCACAAAGAUGCCUCGCAGGAUGAUGUGGAAGUGAUGUCCACGGACAGUUCCAGUUCCAGCUCGAGUGAUUCGCAGUGAAGUGCUGUACUCGAAAGAUGGCUGUUUCGUCUUCUUCCUUCAGGCAUUAAGUUUCUACUACUGCGGCAAGCACAAAGAAGUCGAGGGGGGAUAUCGAGAAAUUUUCCAAAUACAGAAAACAUCCGGAACCCCCCGCGUUGGCCCAUCUAUUCUUCUGGUACCGGUACUUCAAAGUGUAGUUAAAUUAAGAGUUAUUAACGGAAACAUGAUUUUAUAGUGAGAACACGUAUCAAUAAAUUGAAAAUUGAAUUAAA